AUGUCCCUUUUUCUUACAAAAUUUACACUUAAUAGUACUAGUUUUAUUACUAGUUUUAUUACUAGUUUUAUUAGUGUUAUUACUAGAAGAUUUAGAAUUACUAUUUCUAGUAUAACUAUUAUAGUUAUUACUAGUAGAACUAUUAUUAUAGUUCUUAGUAUUCUUUAAAGAUUUAAUUCUUCUAUAUUCAUCUAGUAACUGUGCUACUAUUUCUUCUAGAUCUAUAAUAGAAGUAGAUCUAAUAGAUUGUGUAAUAACAGUUACUAUAUACUCAAAAUCUUUAUUUAGAUUAUUAAGUAAUAGAGCAACAAUAAAUCUAUUAGGCAGACUAAUGCCUCUA